AUGAUCUAUGCAAUACCUCCACCCAAGGCGACCUCCAUGACUCCAACCAUGAAAGACAAACCACACUGCUUCGCAUCUGCAUGUGCCUUUUCGCCAUCGUCUUUAACGUUUCUAAUUCUUGCUCUCUCAUGUCCUCUGGCCUCAUCGGCUUCCAUAUCCACCUUGAAUUCAAGCAACGAAAACAUCGAUCGCCUCGCGCUCCUGUCCUUCAAGUCCCUCGUGUCCGAUCCAUUCCGAGCAUUGGCCUCCUGGAACGAUGAAUCCCUCCAUUUCUGCCGGUGGCGAGGUGUGACAUGCCGCAACCAGAGUCAUCUGCCGAGGGUCACAGCUUUGGAACUGGAGUCUCUCGAUUUGGCCGGUAAGAUCUCUCCAUCUCUAGCCAACCUCACCUUCCUCCGGAGGCUCCACCUCGCCGACAACCGACUUCACGGUCCCAUCCCCCAGGAGAUCGGCCUGCUUUCCCAUCUUCAACGUCUAAACCUGAGCUCCAACGCUCUAAGAGGAGCCAUCCCACACAACCUUGGCCGCUGCUCAGAACUACAAUAUAUGGAUUUGUCAAACAAUCUCCUUGAAGGAGAGAUUCCCAAUGAUCUCGGUGCCUUGUCAAAGCUGAAAAUUCUCUACCUCGGGGGCAACAAUCUCACAGGAAGCAUUCCUCCAGAUAUAGGGAAUCUCGUCAGUCUAAGACAACUUUAUUUGUAUGAAAACCAACUCAUCGGUUCUAUCCCACCUGAGAUCGGAAACAUGACAAGUUUGACGACUCUUUCUUUGGCUGUCAACCAG